UUUAUUUGAGCGUUUCAAGGACUCACUGCUGUCUCCAUGGCUCUCGCUACCCUUAGCCUCCGGGCACACGCUCUCGGUCUUCCUGUACUCUCUAGAGCGAGCACACACGCUCUGCGAGCCCUGUCCACAACAGUUGCGCCUGCACAGGAGGCCGUGUCGUCGUCGCAAGCCGAGCCGUUCACGCACUACCGCAUUACCCUCAGGCGGUCCGCCAUUUCACUCCCGAAGAGGAUCAAGGGCACACUUGUCUCGCUCGGCAUCCACAGGAGACACCAGACGGUGUAUCACGAACACUCACCUAUCAACGCUGGAAAGAUCCUGCGCGUGAAAGAGCUGGUCGAGGUGGAGAACGUCCCGGCGUCUGCGGUUAGGACGAAGACGGAGCAGAGGCAGGAGAGGAAGGCACCGAGGGGCUAUAUGGUCGUCGGGUCGAGACUGCAGGAGAUUGUGUAAGCUAUCUUACGAUUGUGAGUGCUAU